AAACAUAGCCAGUUCUGUAAUAAUAGUUGAAAUAGAAACAGCAAGAAUAUAAGGAUGCCAUUAACAGACGAAGAAUGGCGUGGGUUUGAGAGCUAUGACUGGGCUUCGGAUAAGCAGUUUACAGACGGUUUAGCCUCAGUAUUAGCAGCGCGAAGGGCAAGUUCGGGAGGCACCACGCUUGGCGAGGAAGAGAAGCGGGCGGUGGAGUGUAAAGCGCGGUUGUUUUUCUAUUCUCGGAAGUUGUUGAAGCAGGUUGCGUAUGAGGAUUAUCUGGCGUGGAAGCAGAGGCGGAGUAGUCUGGAUGAGGAGGAGGAGGAGGAGGAGAGGAUUGAUCCGACGACGACGAGGAGGACGAGUGAAGGUACUGUGAACGGGACGAGGUUGGCGCCGGUGGUGUAUUCUGGUUUAGGCCAGUCUCCGUCUACAUCUACGUCUUCCUCUUCCUCUUCAUCAGCAUCUUCCUCCGGGAGACGGAGUGAGGGUGGUUCCCCACAUUCGACAUCUCGCGCACCAUCACCACCCCUCAGCACCCCUCCCCCCCUCCUCACCACCAGCACCACCUCCUCCCCCCCACCUCCCACCACAUCCUCAACAGAACCCCCCACAACCAACGAACCGCAGUACCCGAGCUCGUUCGCGCACAUCGUCGAGCUGAUUACGUCUGGUAGGGAGAUCCCGGGGAUCCGGCAGAUUCCGAAUAUCGCGCUCGGCGAGACGGCGGCGUCAGUUAGUGAGAAGGCGGCGAGGAGGAAGCCGUGGGAGAAGUAGUGGAGGAGGGGAGGGGAGAUGAUGAGUGGACGGGGUGGAUGUGGUGGAUGUGGUGUGGUGUUUGGGUAUGGUUUGAGACUAUGUAAAAGCAAUAGAGAACGUAAUUCAUUAUCUUAUUCCUUUCUAGUUCUCUUUUAAUCUCUAUUCUCUUUUCUCUAUUAUCUAUCAUCUAUUCUCUAUUCUCUUCUCAUUAUUCUCUACUCUCUUCUAAUACUCUGCUCUCUACACUCACCAAACUCAGCCCUGCGUCCAAAAUCUCUUCUCCCAACGAACUUUUUUUUUUAUUUACUUUGCUCCU